AUGGCCAACAAAAGAAAGAGGCCAAAGACCAAGAAUACGUCCGAUGGCCGCUCGCAGAAACGAGCAAAGACGAAGGGGGGGGCAAAGCCGAAUGCAAAGGUGCAACGAGACUCCGCAGAGCCGCAACGAAAACCGCGAGAAGAAGCAGUGGCCCGCGCUCCUGGCCGAGAUCGAUCCGUCAAAGAAGAUCUCCUGGCCCGGUACUUUGCACGAGUCGACACGCUUCGGGCAUAUCUCUUGACACGGCUGCCUGCGACAUCGCGACUCCGCCGCAAAAAGUUGUCCGCAGUUGGCAAGCAGGAAAACGCCACCGAAGUUGAGAAACUUCUGAGCCAUGUGCUCGAUUCGACGCUCGUGGCCUGCGCCAGUGGCACCAAUGGUGAUGGCUUUAGCAGCGGGCCAGUCCUUGACGACGGCGAGCGGGCGAGACUACGCAUGACGUUUUCCCAAACCAAGGGCGCCGACGAGUCGUAUGUGACGGUCUCGAACGCUGCCGAGGGUGCUUUCGCUCCCCAGUCCGAGAUUGUCGACUUUGUUGUUUGGCUUCUCUUCGAACGAAGCAAGAAAACCGGCGGGUCCAAGGGCUACAGUAGCUUCCCGGACAACGUCAUCUGUCAUGGCUUUCAGCGAGGCCAGCGGCCGCCCGUUUGGGACUUGCAUCAGCAGAUUGCCGAUGCCAACGUGAUAUCCCUGCCAACGUAUACCAUCCCAGGUGUCUACGCCGCUAGGAAUCCCCAGAACGCGCAGACACUGAAGGAGGCGCCGUGGCCGCAGCUUCUUGCCAUUCUGGGCGCGUCGGCCGAGAAGAUCAUGACGGAUCUUCUUUUGGAUUGCUCGGUUUUCCUACCGGUGGAUGCCGGUAACGGAAACUAUGUCCAGCUUACCGGCAAGCCGCUGUUCGAGACCAUCUCCAGUACGGAGACGGCCGGUGCGUGUCCACCGACGAAAACAACUGCAACCAAAACCAAGCAGCCUUCCGACAUCACGCUCUCGAGAACCCGCAUGCUGUAUACCACGCCCAGUCUUUCGAAGGCACCUACCGAUGGCGGGAAAUUGCCCCGGUCACUGCACCACGUUUUUGCACGGGAAGAAGAGAUCGUGGCCAAAUUCGGAGAAGAAAAACUUCAGGAAUAUAAUUUCCAGGUGCCGACUCCUAAGCGGUUGCGUGGAACGCUUUUGGGUCUCGUGGAGAAGAUGCAAACGCUUCAUCGAAAAUGUUCCUAUGCUGCGCUUCUCCAGUAUUACUGUCCGGACCGAAGCCAAGGCUCAACUCCGGCAGGAGACAUUCGAGUCACUGCCCCUUCAGGCAGCACCGAAUCGUCGGAGAAGCUUGCAGACAAAAAGGAACCAUAUCCACAACAGACGGGCGAAGACGACAGACCCGGGACGAAAGCAUCCAAACCCCUCAGCCCGGUUCCGCUGGUGCAGUUGGCUACACCGGUGCGGCAGGUCUCUGCUUUUUGCCAGGCAGUUUUUCUAAAGAUUGUCCCAGAUGACUUCUGGGGCCUGGGGGAGGUCCAAGUUCACAAUAAAGCUAUAUUUUUAAAGAAACUCGACUUGUUCGUGCGACUGCAGCGCUAUGAAAAGCUCAAUUUCCAUUCCCUGCUGCAAGGAUUCAAAAUUGCAGAGCUUCCGUGGCUGGCACCACCGAAACUCAAGUACUGCAAGCUAAGCAAGACCGAUCUAGAUAAACGACAAGAGAUCUUCUCCGAGUUCCUCUACUUUCUCUUCGAGUUGCUGCUCAUCCCCCUCCUCGCGACCAACUUUUACGUGACCGAGUCCAACGUGCACCGAAACCAGCUCUUCUACUUUCGCCACGAUGUCUGGCGACGCAUAUCGCUGCCGGCCAUGGCAGCGAUCAAGGCCGGCCGCCUUGAAAGAGUCCACGCAAAAAAUACGGCGCUUAUGGCCAGUGCCCGUGAUCUUGGUUUCGGCAAGCUGCGGCUCCUGCCCAAGAACAUGACUGUUCGUGCCAUUACCAAUCUGAGUCAUUGUGUCCCGAAGAAAGGAGGCUCGGGCCCAGCGGCCAGCAUCAAUGCAGUCCUGCGGCCAGUGGCGGCCAUGCUCAAGCUCGAAAUGAAGGAGCACCCCGAGCGUCUCCGAUCAGGCAUGCUGUCGACAAGGGGGAUGUACUCGCGACUAAAAGACUUUAAGCAGCGCAUGCACGCCAAAGACAAAAAGAUCUUUUAUUUUGCCAAGGUUGACGUCAAGGCAGCUUUUGACACCAUUCCACAGGAGGCCAUGAUAAAAUUGCUCUUGUCAGUUCCGGAACACGCAGCAUACCACAUGGAGAAGCAUGUUGAGAUCUCGGCGACAGAAUACAAUGAUGUCUUGAGCGCCCCUGCCACUUCGAGAAAGAACGUGGGCCCUCGCACGACUUGGAAAACGAUGGCCCGGCCGAGUGAUGACAUGUCUGGCUUCCAUGACGCCGUGCAGGGCUCGAUUGCACUGAACAAGUGCAAUACCGUGUUUGUGGACAGCGCUUUCCGCAAGACACGCGAUGCCGAGUCGUUGGCCAGGCUGGCGGUGACACACAUUCACCAGAACAUUGUCAAAAUCGGCAAGAAGUUUUAUCGGCAGAAAGAAGGCAUCCCGCAGGGAUCCGUCUUAUCAGCGGCUCUAUGCAGCUAUUUCUAUGCCGACCUGGAGGAGAAGGAGCUGGGCUUCUUGGGGCCGGCUGACAGUAGCAACGAGGACUGUCUCCUGCUACGGCUGAUUGACGAUUUUCUUCUAAUCACCGUCGACCGGUCCAAAGCAGCACGGUUCGUCGAAGUGAUGCAGCGCGGCCACCCCAGGUACGGUGUUACGGUCAACCCGAGCAAAAUCCUGGUCAAUUUCCAUCUGGAGAUCGGUGGCAAGCCCGUGCCACGGCUUGCUCCGGGGCUACCGUUCCCGUACUGCGGCACAACCAUUCACUGUUCGACACUCGAUCUGGCCAAAGACCGCGAGUCGAAGCCACAGGACCUCUUCAACUCGAUCACCAUCGAGCACACGCGAUCCCCAGGCUACCAGUUCCAGCGCAGAAUUCUCAACUGCUUCCAAAUCCAAUCUCACCAUAUGUUUUUCGAUACGUCGUUCAACUCGCGGCGGACGACACUACGCAACCUCCACAGCGCCUUCGCCGAGACGGCCGGAAAGAUGUGGGCGUAUGCGCGACGCAUGCCCAAGACCAAGCGACCCAGCGCGCAGCUGACCAUCCGCACCAUGGAGGAAGUCGGCCAAAUGGCCUUUGGCCUCCUCAACAGCAAGACGCGUGCACAGCAGUGGCCCGAAUACAAGUUUGACGUGUCCAAGCCACACCUACGAUAG